UCCAUAAAUCCGCUGUCACACUGCUGAAAAAAGAAUUUUAGAAGAAAGCAACUACAAUUUUGUAAUAAUCCGAGGCUUAGUUCGCAAUGAAUAAUGGCAAAUAGCCAGCCCAGUUCUAAUGAUGCGAUAGUGCCAGAGUUAUACUUCCUCAUAUCGAAGUUCCUGACGGCGGGGCCACUGCACGAGACGGCAAAGGUGUUAAUCCAGGAGCUGCAGCAGAAGAAUGUUCUGCCGCGACGCGUUGACUGGCUGGGAAAUGAGCAUCAGCAGACCUUUGCCGAAUUGGAACAAAAGUUCACGCAUAUUGGAGACAAUCAUUUGCUGGAGUUAUGCGGCCGUCUAUGUCCGCUCGUGGAACGUCAAUAUCCGGGCAGUGUGCCGGGCAUAUUUUCGCUCCUUGGCACUGGUCGGCAAAAUCUUUUGCGCACCCCGGACAGCAUAUACGGGCAUCGCACCCUCAGGGAUUACUGCACUCGCCUCCAUGACGUAUCACUGCCAGAUGCAGAUUAUACCAAGCGCACCCACAAUAUAACCCGGGUACUGACUGGCCGGGAGUAUGGCGGAGAAGUGCGGCGAAAGCUGCUGGUGCCCACAGAGCUGUAUAAAAAGACACUUCUGCUGCGCCGCACCGUGGGCCAUCUAUCCUCCGUAUACUGUGUGCUCUUCGAUCGCACGGGACGUUAUAUUAUCACCGGAGCCGAUGAUCUGCUCAUUAAAAUCUGGUCUGCGGCGGAUGGCCGCUUACUGGCCACGCUGCGCGGUGCCUCGGCCGAGAUCACGGACAUUGCCAUCAAUCUGGACAACACAAUGCUGGCCGCCGGAUCGGUGGAUCGUAUUCUGCGCGUAUGGGAUAUGCAGACCACCUCGCCCAUUGCAGUGCUUGCCGCCCACACGGGCAUGAUAACGUCGGUGAACUUUUGCCCAUCGCCGCGCAGCGAUUUGAAGUACUUGGUGACGACCAGCACAGACGGUUCCAUUGCCUUCUGGCAGUAUUCGACGCCACGCGGCCAGAAGAUCACAUUUGCGCCCAAGCCCACACAGUACCACGAGAAACUGCGACCGGGACAGGCGCAGAUGAUGUGCACAACGUUCUCGCCGGGCGGCAUGUUUCUGGCUGCCGGCUCGGCGGAUCAUCAUGUACGCGUCUACAUGAUGGGCGAAGAUGGGCCCAAAAGAAUACUGGAAACUGAAGCCUAUACCGAUGCCGUGGACUCGGUGCAGUGGUCGCAUCGUGGACUGAGAUUCAUUUCCGGCAGCAAGGAUGGCACUGCACACAUUUGGACCUUUGAGUCGCAGCAGUGGAAGAGCGUCAAGCUGUGCAUGACCGAACGGCUGGCCAGCUGUCCAGAGCCAGAGGAGGGCAAGAAGCUAAAGGUUACCAUGGUGGCAUGGGAUGCCUCGGAUCGUUAUGUCAUUACAGCCGUUAAUGAUUUCACCAUCAAAAUCUGGGACUCGAAAUCAGCCAAGCUGCAUCGUGUCCUGCGCGGCCACAAGGAUGAGCUGUAUGUGCUCGAAUCGAAUCCAAGGGACGAGCAUGUGCUGCUCUCCGCUGGCCAUGAUGGUCAGGUAUUCCUUUGGGACAUUGAACAGGGCAUCAUGGUCACCGAAUUCUUCAAUGAUAUCGACGGGCAGGGCCAUGGCAGUGUGUUCGAUGCCAAAUGGUCACCGGAUGGCACAAUGAUAGCUGCCACCGAUUCGCAUGGUCAUAUCAUGAUCUUUGGCUUGGGAAUGUGCAAGGAUAAGUACUCAAUGCUGCCCACUGAGCUUUUCUUUCACACGGAUUUCCGGCCACUGUUGCGCGAUGCCCAGCAUCAUGUGAUUGACGAACAGACGCAGAUAAUGCCGCAUUUGAUGCCACCACCAUUUCUCGUUGAUGCCGAUGGCAAUCCACAUCCCACCAAGUAUCAACGUUUCGUGCCCGGCCGUGAGAGUUGCACCAUUGAUCAGCUUACCCCCAAUCUGACUGUCGGCGUGGAUGGUGUGCUUAUUGAGGAUAAUCUCAAUGCGAAUGCCAAUCCCCAGCCAAAUGCCAGUGUAGCUGUUGCACCCGCCGCAGCAGCAGCUCCUGCCGCUGGAGCAGGGGGAGAACCUGCCGGCUAUUCACACAUAGAUCGCAUGAUUGCGGCUUUGGCCAAUCGCCAGUCGGUCGGCAGUGCCAAUGCCAACGAUUCGAAUGCGCGAAAUGCCAAUCAAUCGUUUGAACGGAUGACCAAUCGCCAGCAACAGCAGCAGCAUCAGCCGGACUCAAACAGUCGACAAUCUGCGCGCGGAAAUGUUUUAGGCGGACGCUUGGGUACGCCACGUCAGGGCUGGGGAGCGCCGACAGCUCCGGCAGAAGAGCCUGCUUUGCCCCAAGAAGCAGGUCCAGAGGAGGCAGCAGCAGCUGCCCAGCAGGCUUCGCCUCAGCAGGCACUGCCAUUGAAGUUCGUACGUCGAACCUACGUCCGUCCGAUGAAGUACGCCCAGCUGCAGAAUAUAAAGCAAGUGAGCUACUCAGCCGGACUGUACGAGAAGCAAGAAUACAAGCGAGAGAUGCGACGCCGACCCAUCAUGAUCAACACGGCCAGUGCGGCGUCGGCCCAGCAGACGGGCGGCAGCAUGGGUAGGCCGCGAAAUACGCGGGCCAAUGGCGCCGGUCGUCCCGGCAGGCGGCGUAAUGCUCCGCCCGGGCCCGGCCAAGUGGUAGGACCGCUGGCGCCUGCAUACCGCACCCGAGCGGUGCGGGAUCAGGAACAAGAGCAUCACUACGAAGACGUUGUAGUACCGGCCCAUGAAGAGGAGGAGGAUGAUGUAUCCAGCAACUCGUCGGGGGAUACCAGCUACUCGAAUGUCGAGGAGAAUCUAGACGAAAGCAGCGACGAUUCGGACACGGACAGCUCCGACUAUUCUGAUUGGGUCGCCGAUACGCCGGGACCCAAUCUAGAGCCACCCAAACGCUCCAAGCGCAAGCCACUCUCCCGGCGUCCCCACAGUAGCGACGAUAGCAGCGAUGAAGAUGCCGCUGGCAGAGCUGUGCGCGCUGCUGCCGGUGUCAGUGGCCAGGGCCAGGGCCAGGGCCAAGUGACGGCCCGCAAGGUGGGCAGAAAGACAGUGCUGUUUCCGCCCACGGAUCUCAAUGGUGAAAUCCCCGAGCUGUAUAGACCCGCCGAAUGGCUGUCGGAGGUGAUACCGCGCAAGACUCCAUACUAUCCGCAGAUGGGCGACGAAGUGGUCUACUUUCGGCAGGGCCAUCAGAGCUACCUGGAUGCCGUGCGCCUGAAGAAGGUCUACAAGCUGUCGCACAGCUCGGAGCCAUGGAAUUUUCACACGCUGCGCGACCACGAACUGGUGCGGGUGAUUGGCAUCAAGUACGAGAUACGUCCGCCGCGGCUCUGCUGCCUGAAGAUGGCCAUCAUCGAUGAGGAUGGCAACAUGACGGGUACCUCCUUUAAAAUCAAAUAUCAUGAUAUGCCCGAUGUGCUGGACUUUCUGGUGCUGCGACAGACCUUUGAUUUGGCCGUGCAGCGCAACUGGAGCAUUGGCGAUCGUUUCCGCUGCAUGAUCGGCGACGGCUGGUGGAUGGGACAGAUCGAGUCGCGUCACGCCUUGUGCGCCGACUUUCCCGAUUCGUUUUUCAUGUGCUUUCGCGUGCGCUGGGAUAACGGAGAGUACGAGUGCAUGAGUCCCUGGGAUAUGGAGCCCAUCGAUCAGCAGCGAGUGCCGGAUGAAGUCGGUGGCGCUGUGCCAGUGCUGCCCGAGGAGAUACGCGCCACGCUCUAUCAGCCCAAGUCCGAGGAGUGGCAUCGUGGCGAUCGCGAUGGCACCUGUCGCCGCAUCAUCAAUGGCCUCGAGCAGGUGAUGCGUCUGUCCAUAGCGGAGCAUUUCCUGGCACCCGUCGACCUCAACAUUUAUCCCGACUAUGCCUACCUGAUCGAGUAUCCCAUUGAUCUGACCACGGUCAAGUCGCGCUUCGAGAAUCAUUUCUAUCGCCGCAUCACCUCCGCACAGUUUGAUGUGCGAUAUUUGGCCACCAAUGCGGAGCAGUACAAUCGUCGGCACACGAUUAUUGUCAAGCAUGCUCGGAUUGUGACGGAUCUGUGCCUGCGCAUCAUCCGGGAGGCGGAUGAGAUUGAUGUGGCUGCCGUUUAUCACCAGCUGGUGGAUGUCUAUCAUUCGUCCGAGUCCGAGAAUGAGGCUGACUCUGAUGUUGUGCCCUCAACCAGCACCGGGCCGACCACAUCCGCCGCCGCAGCAGCCGCUCGACAACGUGUUUCCUCCACCCGAAGAUCCACUCGCAUGCACUCGGAUGGGGAUUGGCGCUCUGAUUGCCGGCAGCUGUUGGAAUUAAUGAGGCAGCUGCCGGAUUCGUUGCCAUUCCGUGAGCCAGUGGACACCAUUGAGUUUCCCGACUAUUUGGAAAUCAUUGCCACGCCCAUGGAUCUGCGGACGGUGGAGGAGGACUUGCUGGGCGGCAACUACGAUGAUCCGUUGGACUUUGCCAAGGAUGUGCGAUUGAUAUUCCAGAACUCAAAGAACUACAAUACCAACAAACGAUCUCGGGAUAAUCUAGCGAUCUACUCGAUGACACUGCGUUUGAGCGCCCUGUUCGAGUCGCGCAUCAAGACGGUCGUCAGCAAUUGGAAGGCGGCACGCAGACGCGCCAACAAGAACAAGUCGGGCAGCAGUGGAGGCGGACGCGGUGCCUCCAGAAGUCCCAGCAAGCGUUCGAACAAGGAGCGAGCGACGCGUCGCAAUCAAAAGCCGCCAGCGGCGCCCAGGCGACUGCCAUUGCCGCACACGAGCGAGGAUGAAGACGAGGACGAUGACGACGACGAUGAUGAUGAUGAGGAGGCGGCGGUGGCACGUGCAAAGCGUUCACGACGCCGCAACGGGGUGGCCGUUACGGCCAGUUCCAGCCACUCGGGCUCGAACCGUGUGACCUCCUCCUCGUCUGCGGCCCAACAGAGACGCCAUCAAAACAGGCGGAGCAGCAGCGACGAGGAGGAGGAGGAGGAGGAAGACGAUGAGUCCAGUGCCCAGGCCACCUCAGACGCCAGCAGUGAGGAGGAGGAGGACGAUGCCCACACCAAUGCCAGUUCACCGCAACAGGCGCGGCCGCGUCGUGGUAGGCCCCGCCAGCGUCUCAUCGACGAUGAGUCCAAUCCGAAUGACUCGGAGGACAGCUACAAUCCCAAUGUGGGACGCAGCAGCCGCCGCGGCAAGAAGCGCAAGUCUGCCAACAGAAACGGACACUCCAACACGAAACGUCGCCGCAUAGAUAAGAGUCCUGCGGGCAGCAGUCGCGGCGGAACCGUCCCGGCGCCCACACGACGCACGCGUCGUGGUUUGGGCAGCUCCGAAGAGGCCGCCUCCCAUUCCCAGCAGGACGAGAGUACACAGGACAGUCACAGCAAUGUGACGCGCCGCAAGGGCAGAUCCCAGGUCAGUUCCAGGUUUCAGGCCACAGACAAUGGCCCCAGUACCAGUGCGGCCGCUGCUGCAGCGGCUGCGGCUGCUGCUGCUGCUGCAUCCACUGCCGCCGAUCCCAGCCUCGAGAGUCCCUCCCGAAAUACGCGGGCCAAUGGUGGUAGGGCCAGCACAUCCACGUCCCACCUGGCGGCCGAGAAUGAUCACAGCUACCAUCUGCCAGUGCGCAACGGUCGGAUCAUUGAGUCGGACACAGACUCGCAUGGCCCCGUGGCGAGACCCACGCGUCAGAGCGCCAAGCGGGCGAUACUCGACUGGGGUCGCGGCAGUGAUAUAGAAGAAGAGGAGGAGGAGGAUGAGGAGGAAGAGGACAGCGACGAGGCUGAAGAGAUCCUGCCGACACCCACAAAAGACGAUAUGCCAUCGACUAGCCGUGCCGCUUUGGGUAUUGUGGGACCGGCUCCUCCGUCUCGCCAGCUGCGUACGAAUCGCAACACUGCCAUCAAUCAGGCCCAGAGCGACGACGACGACGAUGAUGAUGAAGAUGACAGCGAUAACGAGCCGCUGGCCAACAAUCAGCAGAAAUCUACUCAAUCACCCGCAAAAAGUAGCACAGCCCCAGCUGCGUCAGCACCACCUCAUCCGCUGGCAUUGCGCCGGCGCAUGGCCUCACCCUUGCCACAAAGAAGCACGCAUAUGACGCGCUCACAUGCCACCUCCACCACCACCACCACCAGCUCCUCCUCCGUGUCCAACGCUACAGCAAACCAGCGGGCGGAUAGCCCUGCUGUGACCCCACAUGAUCAUAAUUAUUUGGGCUCUGUGAACGCCUCUAGGGCACCACCGAGACGUAUUUUGUCACGUCAUCAGCGGAAUGCCGAUGAGCUGGACACGAGCACAGAUCCGCUGGAGAGCACACGACUGAUCCAAGCCAUUGCCAAUCACAGGCGACCCACCUCCACCACAAAUAGCAACAGUAACAGCAACAGCCAUAGCAAUGUGGUCACCCGACGGGGUCUACGCGGACGCACGAGUCAGGCCAACUCCCAGGACGAGGAAGAGGAGGAGGAGCAGGAGGAGGACGAGGAUGAGGAUGCAGCUGCCUCGGAUGAGGGCACUGUUGGCGGUUCCAGUUCGCAGACCAAUGAGGAUGAUGAUGAGGAGGAAGAGAAUGAGGAUGCCUCCGCCACCGAUUCGGAAGACAAUCAGCCAUUGACCAGCUAUGUGUCGCCCAGCAAUGGCCGUACCCGGACCAAGACUAAAUCAACCUCCUCCUCAUCGGCGGCGGCGGCCACACAAGAGCGCUCAUCGCAGCGUCAGCGUAGACCGCCGCCGGCGCGUCGUCCGCCCGCUUUGGCCCAUGAGAAUGAGAACGAGAAUGACAACGACAACGACGAUGAUGAUGAGGACUAUGUGGUGCCGCGCAGUAGAUCCUCCCGCCAUGCGACGCGGCAGGGCAGCAACAAUCAACGCGGCGGUGGUCGCAAUCAGAAGCGACCCCGCUACAAUGAGCAGUCCGAUGAGGAGCUGUCCGAUCCGCGCUCUGCCCAAAAUCAGCGCAAACGAGUGCGCAAUGGCGAUGCCCAUGGCGGCAGCUCACAGGAGGAGCGUGGAGAGCAAACGUCGGAAGAGCAAUCCGGAGCGGAAGAUGAGGAUGAGCAGGAGGAUCAGCCGGAUGGCGACGACAUGUCUGGCGAUAGCGACGAGCAACUGGUGAGUGUGAGCAGUCGCGGCAGAGUGCGCAAAAUAUCGGCCAAGGCGCGUGGCAUCUUCAAGGAGUGACCAUCAUCAGUCCACCACCACCAUAUGCACCAGACUGUUUUAUGUAUAAAUUAAAUCUAAAUAUAAUUAAAGAGAAGGAGCCAGCAAAUGCGAGGGUAAACCACAUCCCAUGUCCCCCUUGUCCCUUAUUGAUUAAUGUGUAAGAGUUUAAGCCCACACGUCAAACCACUUCGUCAACGUAAUCGUCCAUGGAACCAGAGGCAUAGGCAUAGGCAUAUCCUCCCCCUGCCCCCUGCCCCAUCCUCACCUUAAGCUUAAGCAUUAUGUUGUAAUGUGUAGUAGUUCUCCUCCACACCACCAUCCUCAUAUCCUCAUGAUAUCCAUUACAUGCACUGCAAGAAAUAUUUUCUAUGAUUUGUUUUGAAGUCCCAUGAAUUCAUUUCUUGUGGCAGGCUUCUCUCUAUCUCUCUGUAUGUCUGCCCCCCCGUCUGCAGCAGCUACAACUACAUCGUGUGCAUGUAGGUUUUUUGGGUGUUGUGUGCCACAGGGACAUACUUUUUAUAUAUGUAUCUCUAUAUAUAUAUAUAUACACAUAAUGCAUAUACAUACGGAAACAGAUAAGCACACACUCGCGGAAAUCACACACUUCAUUUAAAAUAG